CUAGGAGCUAGCACACAACACACGGGUCCACACAACUCACUGAUUUCAGAGACUGAAACACACACACACACACACACAAUCACAGAGAGAGAAAGAGAUAGAAAUGGCUCAGCUCAAAGCUAUUUCUUCAUGCUCACCCACCAGCCUUGCUUUUCAAGUACCAAAGCGAGAGUCAUUGCAGUUUAAUGACAAAGUAAGCUGCCCAAGGAAGUUGUCUUCAGCAUCCGAGUUGGUGGCUAGAACGAGUGAGCUCCAUGGUCAUGCUGUUGCUACUAUUAGUAAUGGUAGCAAAAUAACUAAGUUUCGUAAAAAUCAAGUUAUUCAAGCAGUUUUGCAGAGUAAUAGAGAGAUGGAAAUUUCUGAAGCUACAAAAGGUUCAGGGUUGCGUGGCAAAUUGAAUAAGGUUGUUCUAGCUUAUAGUGGUGGCUUAGACACAUCAGUCAUAGUCCCAUGGCUAAGGGAGAACUAUGGCUGUGAUGUUGUUUGCUUCACUGCUGAUGUUGGUCAGGGUGUUGGGGAAUUGGAAGGGUUGGAAGCAAAGGCUAAAGCCAGUGGGGCUUCUCAGUUAGUGGUGAAGGACUUGAAGGAGGAAUUUGUACGAGAUUUUAUUUUUCCUUGCUUGAGAGCUGGUGCAAUUUAUGAGAGGAAAUAUUUGCUGGGAACCUCGAUGGCUCGCCCUGUUAUUGCAAAAGCCAUGGUGGAUAUUGCCAAAGAAGUAGGAGCUGAUGCUGUCGCUCAUGGAUGCACUGGAAAAGGAAAUGAUCAGGUUCGCUUUGAGCUCACAUUCUUUGCUCUGAAUCCCAAGCUAAAUGUUGUGGCUCCUUGGAGGGAAUGGGAUAUUACAGGGAGAGAAGAUGCUAUUGAAUACGCUAAGAAGCAUAAUGUACCUGUACCAGUAACAAAGAAAUCCAUAUACAGCAGGGAUAGGAACCUAUGGCACCUUAGCCAUGAGGGUGACAUUUUGGAAGACCCAGCAAACGAACCUAAGAAGGAUAUGUACAUGUUGACUGUGGACCCAGAAGAGGCACCUGACAAACCCGAAUAUAUUGAAAUUGGGAUAGAGUCGGGUCUUCCUGUUUCAGUUAAUGGGAAGGUGCUUUCGCCUGCAUCUCUUCUUACUGAACUCAACGAGAUUGGUGGAAAGCAUGGAAUUGGCCGAAUUGACAUGGUUGAAAACCGAUUAGUUGGUAUGAAGAGCCGUGGAGUCUAUGAAACUCCUGGUGGGACAAUCCUCUUCGAGGCUGUACAGGGGUUGGAGUCUUUAACAAUUGAUCGAGAAAGCAUGCAACUUAAAGAUUCACUUGCACUCAAGUAUGCUGAGCUAGUUUAUGCAGGCAGAUGGUUUGACCCACUUCGCGAGUCAAUGGAUGCAUUUAUGGAAAAAAUCACUGAGACUACAACAGGUUCAGUUACACUCAAACUAUACAAAGGUUCAGUUUCUGUAGCUAGCCGUAAGAGCCCUUAUAGCCUGUAUAGGCAAGAUAUUUCAUCUUUUGAGAGCAGCCAGAUUUAUGAUCAGGCCGAUGCUGCUGGGUUUAUUCGGCUUUAUGGUCUUCCAAUGAGGGUUCGAUCAAUGCUCAAGCAGGGCAUGUGAGACUUGGGUGUUUGAUUGUUUCUUGUCUUAUUGGUGAAUUAUUCUCUUAUAUCCCUAAAGUUGAGGCCUUUGGUUUAAUUGUAUGACAAUAAGUAGUUUUUGACAUAAGAUUUAUGUUGCUCUUUGGUGUU